UAUUGUGUUGCAAGCACUAUAAUAAUGGCGUCGCGUUGCGAUUGCACAGGUAGCAAUGACUCUUUGUACGGGGAUCGAUGUAACUUUCACUUAGUUGUCCCAUCCUGCAUAAUAAUUAUGUAUUGUAUACCUCUUGUGAAAUGAAGACAGUAACCUAGUUAGUGUUAUCAUAGAGCAAGCUCUAUGCUGAGAUCUACUCAUGCUUGGUAAGCGGUUUGUAGCAUCCUCCUGAAACUUCCGCGGGGGAACUUACAAGAAUGAUCUGAUCAAACGAGUGCACCGCAGGGAGAAUUUAUAGUACACAGUUGAUCAGGAGUGCAAGUUAAUUUCCUUACAUAGGAAUUUACGAUCCAGCAACUGGUCGUGUGACUGUGAAGUGUGAGUAUUAAAGGCAGUGAACACUAAGAUCUGUUCUCUUCAUCAUGGAAGAUGUGGAGAAAAAGACAACAGUAGCAUCAUGUGAUGCCCAGGAGCAGCAUGGAGGAGUAGCAUCAUGUGAUGCCCAGGAGCAGCAUGGAGGAGUAGCAUCAUGUGAUGCCCAGGAGCAGCAUGGAGGAGUAGCAUCAUGUGAUGCCCAGGAGCAGCAUGGAGGAGUAGCAUCAUGUGAUGCCCAGGAGCAGCAUGGAGGAGUAGCAUCAUGUGAUGCCCAGGAGCAGCAUGGAGGAGUAGCAUCAUGUGAUGCCCAGGAGCAGCAUGGAGGAGUAGCAUCAUGUGAUGCCCAGGAGCAGCAUGGAGGAGUAGCAUCAUGUGAUGCCCAGGAGCAGCAUGGAGGAGGAGCAUCAUGUGAUGCCCAGGAGCAGCAUGGAGGAGUAGCAUCAUGUGAUGCCCAGGAGCAGCAUGGAGGAGUAGCAUCAUGUGAUGCCCAGGAGCAGCAUGGAGGAGUAGCAUCAUGUGAUGCCCAGGAGCAGCAUGGAGGAGUAGCAUCAUGUGAUGCCCAGGAGCAGCAUGGAGGAGUAGCAUCAUGUGAUGCCCAGGAGCAGCAUGGAGGAGUAGCAUCAUGUGAUGCCCAGGAGCAGCAUGGAGGAGUAGCAUCAUGUGAUGCCCAGGAGCAGCAUGGAGGAGUAGCAUCAUGUGAUGCCCAGGAGCAGCAUGGAGGAGUAGCAUCAUGUGAUGCCCAGGAGCAGCAUGGAGGAGUAGCAUCAUGUGAUGCCCAGGAGCAGCAUGGAGGAGUAGCAUCAUGUGAUGCCCAGGAGCAGCAUGGAGGAGUAGCAUCAUGUGAUGCCCAGGAGCAGCAUGGAGGAGUAGCAUCAUGUGAUGCCCAGGAGCAGCAUGGAGGAGUAGCAUCAUGUGAUGCCCAGGAGCAGCAUGGAGGAGUAGCAUCAUGUGAUGCCCAGGAGCAGCAUGGAGGAGUAGCAUCAUGUGAUGCCCAGGAGCAGCAUGGAGGAGGAGCUAAUAACCACGGCGAUAGUUGUCAUGAAGAGCAACAACCACUGCACCAAAUGCACUGUCAACACUUGCAAAGCACUCAGGAAGCAUGUCAACCCCAGCAAUGUUUUGUACCACCAUCAACACCAACAUGUACAUGUACCCAGCCAUCGGUCAUUGGAGAUAUAAAUGUUGAAGGUAGUGGGAAUUUCAUCUUCCUAGGACCUGUCUCGGGAAAUACCUUCAAUGUUUGUAAGGAAACCGGAAGGGGAGAUGAGACUAAGGCGAUCAAACACCAGACAAGGUUGGAGCAAACAGCGGCAGACCACUGUGAGACAGCAAUAAAAAGACGAUACACGAGCACAGGGAGCUUUGUAAAAGGCAUUCCAUGGGAAGAUGAUGACACUAAACAUGUCAAGGACAUCUAUACCAAAUUGUUGUUAGAAACUAAUGAGAGUUUAAAAUCCUAUAAUGAAAUCUUUCAUCUGGCCUCAAAAGAGGGUCUUCCUAUUAAACGAGUUAUUUUAAACGGAGUAGCUGGAAGAGGGAAGUCCACUCUUGUUGAUAAAAUGGCAUAUGAUUGGGCAGUUGGCGCUUCUACUGCAAUGCAAAGCUACAAACUUGUCUUUACUUUGAAAAUGAGUGCACUUGACAAAACCUCAGAGCUUAUUGAUGCAAUUUUUGACCAACUUUUAGAUGAGGAUACGUUAGUCAACCGUACAGAUUUGGAUUCAUUCAUCACCAAGAAUCCAGACAAGGUUCUGAUCCUGUUUGACGGUUUUGAUGAGUUAAUUUCUCAUGAUACAACUUCAAUUGGUUCUAUCUUUAAGAUUCUGAAUCGGAAGAUAGGUCGAGAAUGCUUUGUCGUUGUUUCAACUCGCCCCUCUCAUUUUGACAGACUGAUUACAAGAAAUUUGAUUCAAAAACCGUUCGCAAGUGUCAGGGUGAAUGGAUUUGAUUCUGAGAGUAUUGUAAAAUAUGUCAAGAGAUUCUUUGCUGAGGAUGUAGAGAAAGAAGAUGGUCUUAUACAGAGAAUCAAGUCCUCUAACAUCCUUUCUGAUUUGGCGAAGAGUCCAAUGCUUCUGCUCCUCAUGUGUAUACUUUGGAGAGAAGAAUCCAGCCUACCUGAGACAAUGUCACAGCUCUACGGUCAAGCAUUCUUGUAUAUGUUCAAGCGAAAGUCAGAUGUGCCUCAAGAAGAAGUAUCAAAAGUCAUCAUUGAAAUCGGAAAGAUUGGCCUUCGUGGUCUACUUAGUAGCAGUUCAAUCAUGUCAUUUCCAGAAAGAGAGUUUGACAGGACCACUCUUGAUAUGGCUAUAAAAGCCGGCAUUCUGACAAAACAGAGAGUCUUAAAGUGUUUUGAAAGUCAUAACAGUAUUCAGUUCAUUCACAAGACCUUUCAAGAACUUUGUGCUGGGAAAUACUUGAACAGCUUGUUGAAAGAAGCAACAGUAGACUUUCAGAAAACUCUCCGUCAUAUUGUCUGUUCAUCAGUAAAGGAUCCUUGUGAGUUUGAGUAUCUUUUACGCUUUUGCUGUGGUGAUGAUGAGGCCUGUACAAACAUGAUUCUUGAGUCACUUGUAGAAAGGCUCCCAAAUGACCAAAGGGUUUGGAAGCUAGUUCUUGAUUGCUACUUUGAAGGCCAGUCAGAUCAGUUGCCCCCAAAUAAAAUUGUUCAAUCACUAAUAACUCAAGAAAUGUCUUUUCAGCAAUUGGACCAAGACUGCCUCAACUCAUUUAUAUGGUUCCUGGAUCAUAUAACCAUCAUGAUGAACAAUGGCGGGUAUAAUUACCUUGCAAAGGUUUCAAAGAUACACAUAGAAAUGUGUGAUCUACCAAUGAGGUUCUGUGAAGGUUUAGCAAAGUCCUUCACUGCAAUGACGAAUCUAACGGCUCUGACACUGACUCGGUGCAAAAUGACUGGAAGAAAAAUGCAUUGCAUUGUAUCGGCUUUGAGCAAAGCAGCCAAACUGUCUCGGUUAGAGCUUUCAGAAAAUGAAAUGACAGAUGACAAAAGAAACCAGAAUGCUGCAGCUUGGGUAGAUCAGGUGCAGUUCAUCAAAAACCUCUCGGUACUACACUUGAAUGAUUGCUCAUUGACAGCCGCUGUUGUUGCAGCAGUUCUUAGCCAUAGGACUGGCUUGACUGAGUUGGCAAUCGCUAACAAUGAGGCAUUGGGCGGCUGUGCAAAACUGUGGUGCCAUCAUUUGAGAUACAUGACACAGCUUCAUAAGCUCGACUUGAGUGGCUGCUUAUUGAGAGGUGACGAUUUGAAAUAUGUAAUAUAUUCCCUGUGUGAGCUUCCUGGAUUUACCAAUUUGGUACUAAAAGAAAGUCACACCUUGGCGAUUGGUGGCCAUGAACCAGCCUUAUCCCAUUUGAGGCUGUUGAAACAUCUUGAAAAGUUGGACAUGAGUUCUUGCUCAUUGACAGGUCAACAUGUGGCUCACAUUUCUGAAUCGCCAAAUGACCUGCCGAAUCUGGUGGAAUUGAAGCUCUUCAAGAAUAAAAACUUGGGAAGCUGUGCAGCAGUUUGGUCCUCUCGGUUGAGGUAUCUGGAAAAGCUACAGAAACUCUUCAUUGGUGGUUGCUCUUUGAUAGAUGUAGAUAUGGUACAUGUUGCAAUGUCACUGUGUGGUCUGACCAACUUGGAAGAGUUGCAGCUGAUAGGAAAUACAUCUCUGGGUGCCUGUGCUGCAACAUGGGCUCACAGUUUAAGGCAUCUGAAACGUCUCAAGAUACUUGGUUUGAGAUUCUGCUCUCUAACGGGGGAAGAUAUGGGUUAUGUUACUGAUUCACUUGGAUUUCUGCCCAUGUUGACUGUGCUGAUACUAGAUGGAAAUAUGGCUUUGGGCAACUCUGUUGACCUAUGGUCGGGCCAACUGAAGAACUUAAAGUCCCUCAAAGAGCUAGAGAUGGCCAAAUGUGCGCUGACAGGUCCAGAUAUGGAACACGUUUGUCAGUUACCCAACCUGGUUGAAUUGAGGCUUCCCUCAAACCCAAAGUUGGGUGGUUCUGCAUCAACAUGGGCCUCUCAUUUGAGCAACUUGGAAAACUUACAAAAGUUUGACUUGGGUUUCUGUGCAAUGACUGGCAAAGAUAUGCCAUGCAUUCUUGAUGCAAUUUGCCACCUGCCAAACUUAAUCGAGUUCAAACUCUAUUCAAAUAAAGACUUGAGUGGCUCUGUGGAUUUGUGGUCAGUUAAUCUGAAAGGUAUGACACAGGUCAAGAUACUUAACUUUGGUAAUUGCUGCCUUACAGGUGCUGAUAUGCUUCAUAUGGCAGUCUCACUCGGUCAAAUGACGAACCUAGCAGAAUUAGUGCUUUAUGGUUGUACAGCUUUGAGUGGUACUGUUGAAUCAUGGUGUCAUCACUUGAAGAAUAUCAAGAAAGUCGACUUGAGUGGCUGCUUUUUGACCGGUGGAGAUAUGACAAACUUGAUCAAGUCAUGCCAAGGUUUUUAUUACAGCACAUCUGUCUUCUCAUAUGACAUAAAUACAUGAUCAUACACUGUAUGUACAGCAUUCAUGAGGAACCUACAGAAUGUCUUAACGAUAGAUACAUAUUCAACUCCAACAAUUAUAAUGCAAACAGUUGACAGCUGUCGAUUUCACCAAACUCUUCCUAACUUAAGACUAAUCUUAUGACUUAGGACGAGUCCCAACCCUGCA